AUCGGCUCUGAUUGAGCCAUUUCAAACACGCUAUAUUUGAUUGGACAAUGGUAACAUAUGCUGUGCCUAUUGGACUCCAAUUAAGCGCUAGUGGCAAAGUUUCCUUUCUGGUCGGAACUUCUUCUAUAUAAGCCAUACCUAGACAAGCAGCAGGAUUAGUCUUUCUUUCUGUGUUGGUUGUUGGGUGUCUGUGUAAGAUGUCUGGUCGUGGAAAGGGCGGAAAAGGUUUGGGGAAAGGGGGGGCGAAAAGACAUCGGAAGGUGCUCCGAGAUAACAUCCAAGGCAUUACGAAGCCGGCUAUUCGCCGCUUGGCUCGCCGUGGAGGCGUGAAGCGAAUUUCUGGGUUGAUCUACGAAGAGACUCGUGGAGUGUUGAAGGUAUUUCUGGAGAACGUUAUCCGGGAUGCCGUGACCUACACCGAGCACGCCAAAAGGAAGACCGUGACGGCCAUGGAUGUAGUGUAUGCCCUGAAGCGCCAGGGCCGUACCUUGUAUGGCUUUGGAGGCUAAUUCUCGGACUACAGACAGACAUAACGGCCCUUUUAAGGGCCACCCACAUUUUCAGAAGAAGAGCUGCAGCAUAUAAAAGGUCUUGCUGCGUGAUAAGAGUAAGAGGCAGGUAUUAUUGGGAAAAAGUAGUUUGCUGUAGUGGUGAACGCUCCAGGCUAGAAAAGGGGACGGUGAGUUGUAAUCCCGCCUUACGCAUGAAAGCCAGCUAGAGUCCCAGCCCACUUCACAAGGUUUGGGGGGGGGCGCAAUAGGGAAAGGCAGGAUAAAAAAAUUGCAACCCCCCCUACUAGUGAAGUAAUGGCACCGUAAAACGUUUUAAAACCUGUUAUUU